UUUUACAUUUAAUACGAUAGUCAAGUUUGGAAAUUCGUUUCUCUAGAAAUCGAAAAAGAUUUUAAAAAAUGGCACCAAUGUUUUGACGUGUAUUUAUUUCCUGUAUUAUGCUAGAUUGAUUUAUUUAUUUACAUUUUAUGUAACUGUCUUACAGGACAAAUAAAAAGCAUUCACGCUUCAAGCAUUACUCUUAACUAAACAGCUGCUGAAGGUACAGCCCUCCUCACACCGGAUUACUAUUGAGAUGUGUCGCAAAUAACGUUCAGGAAGCCUUUUUUUUCGUCUGUGCUCUUACGCCUAAAACCCAUGAGAUGAGAAGGGCUGUGCACUCUUUGCCUUAAACUAACACACCACGACCGUCCCGAACUCAUCUUCCAACGAUUUGCGUGAUCAGAGAUAAAAAAGCCACCGCAUCCGUGAAGCUGACAGAUUGCCUGAUCUUCACUAAUGACUGAGGACCUAGGAGGAAGGAACCAGAGGAGACACAAUGCCUAGGUCUUUCUUGGUGAAGAGCAAAAAAGCACACAGCUACCACGAGCCGCGAUCUUUGGAAGAUGACCACAACAGACUUGAUACUAUUUUAGCUCAUAUAUGUGCAGAAAGCAAACCCUCCGAUGAGUCAGAGUGCUGUACUGAUGCCCUGACAGGCGACGCGACUGGCGCUUGUUCACCGGACUCUCACCUGGCGGUGGAUCACGCGGAUCUUUCCUCUAAGUCUCCUCUCAGCAGUGAGGGAAGCGUGUGCGACCGCUCCUCAGAUUACGAAGACUUUUGGCGACCUCCAUCACCAUCAGCAUCACCGGAGUCAGAAAAGUCCUUUUCACCCUCUGGUGAAGAAACGCAUCCGUUCGCCGUGCCCUUCAGGCCUUACGCGUGGAGCAGGUUCUCGGGAUGUGAAAUCAGACAGCUGGUCCAGCAUACCUUCAACCAUCACCGCUCUCUGGAUCUCGAGCGGCCUACUGCUCCAGCCUAUUACAGCGAUCGCGUGGUCGAGUCCUCUCUUUUCAGUGAAAGAGGAUCUGGCGCUACCGUUUACAACAGCUAUGGUUCCACUGCCACCCUGUUCGAGCGCUCCACUGCCUCUGGACUUUACGAUAACAGCAGCAUACUGGGAAAAGGAACUGAGAUCAAAUCCAGCUCUGAUGUGAUGUGUAGUCGUCUCCUGCUAAAUGGCGCAUUCAAAUGUAUAAAAUGCAGCAAGGUGUUUUCCACACCGCAUGGCUUGGAAGUUCACGUUCGGAGGUCGCAUAGUGGAACAAGACCUUUUGCUUGCGACAUCUGCGGGAAAACUUUCGGACACGCAGUCAGUCUGGAGCAACACAGAGCUGUUCACUCACAGGAGAGAAGCUUUGAUUGUAAAAUCUGUGGGAAAAGUUUUAAAAGAUCCUCCACUUUGUCCACGCAUCUCCUCAUACACUCCGACACACGGCCCUAUCCGUGCCAGUACUGCGGAAAGAGAUUCCACCAGAAAUCAGAUAUGAAGAAACACACGUUCAUCCACACAGGGGAGAAGCCACACAAAUGUCAGGUGUGUGGGAAAGCUUUCAGUCAGAGCUCCAAUCUGAUAACACACAGUCGGAAACACACCGGAUUCAAACCGUUUGGAUGUGACCUCUGCAGCAAAGGAUUCCAGCGCAAGGUCGAUUUGAGAAGACACAAGGAAACACAACACGGACUGAAGUGAGGAACACUUCAGGACUCUACCGAACACUAUUGGACAACCCAUCGGGACUUUAAAAGUCUUUUUCAUUUAACAAGCUAUAAAUGCGCAUUCAUAAAACAUUAAAUCAGUGUUUAGAGAAGGCGAGUAAUAGCGUCUACAUUAGUUGUAGAGCUGUUUAUGCUUUGUGAGAUUUGCCUACGAGUCAGCAGCAGGCCAGCAGGUCUGGCAGCUUUCAUGGUGAUGUUAUACAGGGUAUAUCACAGGGUAUCUGGAUCCAGAUCAAUAGCCCGCUGCAGAGAGAUGCCAAGCAUCGUGUCUGAACCCAAAAUAUUAUCACCAAAAUAAUCAUAGACGAAAUAUAACCGCCGCGAGAAAGGACACUGCAGGCUAUCACCCAAAAUAUCAGCUGAAGGAGAGAAAAAUCACCGCAUCUCACAAGAAUGUCACUUUGUUUUCAACGCUGCAGAGGGAAUGCUGGCAAAACAAGCACUACAAUAGACUACAGCGAGAUUUCAUCAAUAAAACCAUUGUUUGUGUACUAUAGCCCAACUUAAAUGAUUUGGCAACUUGUCCAAGCUUUUCCAUUCAUCAUUUUUUCUUUUCUAUUUAGAUUCGUUUUCUUUGGCGUAAAAAAACGAAAACUCGUUUAUUAAACUUAAACGAAAACUCGAUUGUCUAUACAUUUUCAAAUAAAUUAAAUCCAUAAAUUAAAUUGUUUCAUAUCAUUUACACUAUUUAUUGGAAUAAAGAGUAUACGGAGAUGUA